AUGUCUGGGUGGAUUUCUACAAAGAAUUCCUUCUCCAGGAGCCAAAUUAUUAGCUCUUAUAGUUUUUCAAGUUUAGUGACAUUUGUGGCUUUUUGCCUUAGCCUCAUACUGAUGUAUGAAAUCAGUGUGUUACGAGAUGAUCUGGAAAAACUGAAAGGGGAAAUUUUGCUUCACUUGAGCCAAUCAACGUCAACGGAUUACAAAAACGGACACGUUUCUGAGAUAUGGGAGGCUGAUAUUUGCUGCCACAUCCUUCUGUUAACAGUGCAGCAGUCAUUUCUGCAGUUGGCUGCCACAGCCAAUGAAAAUCCAGUCUUGAGAGGCAAUGUGACAACUAUUCCUUGGACUGUUGCCAUUCAGCACGGGGCAGCCGUAUCAUCAAAUGACAACAAAAUAAUUAUACAAGAAGACAGCUAUUAUGUGGUAUUCGGGCAGGUUUUAUUCCACAACUCUGGGGUAAUUAUGGGCCACUUGAUCCGGAGACGCAAGUCCAACGUGUCUGGGACAGAGCAGAGAUUCACUGAUUUGCUGCGCUGCCUGCAGGAAAUGCCCCAGAACAACUGUGUGAACUCCUGCUACACUGCAGGCAUCGUGAAGCUAGAACAGGACGAUGAGCUGGAGCUGGUGAUCCCAGACCGCCCCCAGGCUCAGGUCGCCAUGGACGCAGACUCCACCUUCUUUGGAAUUAUACAGCUCCAUUGA